UAUUUUAUUUUGAAUGCCUUAAGCUUUAGAAAAUUUAAUGGCGACCGUUUUGUCUCGCUAAGGACGCUAAGAUGUCAAGAACUUCGAAACGACCUUCUUCUGCUAGAAGAAACAUAAAGAUUGAAACAUUUUCACCUUUCGUUAGUGCUACACGACUAAGAAAUGUGCAGAGUCUGCUGCAGGAGCAAGCCAGGGACACCGACAAACCGGACACUAUUAUUUGUAUAGCAGGAAUUGACAGUAGAUACAAUGAUGGCAGUAUGGAGCUAUUUAACUAUCUCCUGUUUGGUUUCUUUGAAACUAGGAAGGCAGAACUGGAGAAAUCUGGUUUUGAGGAGGAAGUAAUAGAUGAUGUUGUGUUCGUGAUUCGCCGGUACGAGGUCGAUAUCUACUGUAAUCCUAUCAACUACCACUACCUCCUUCCUUAUGUUAGUCACUGGAGAAAUGUCCGCUUCCAUUGUGUCACAGAAAAACAGGUAUUUAUGGCGUGA